AAAUCAGGCAGGCCAUGGAAUGACAUCACUGUUCCCAUCAUGUGACAGCAGCAGACCCGCCCCGAGAAUGACGUCAGUGCAUGACUGUGUUUUUAUGAAUGAAAGGAAUCCGUGAGUGAGUAAUUCCAGGAAACUGUAACAUUACAACUCAGCAGAUCUGAGCGCUCCGUGCUGCAAGCGGCACCCCGGGCCCCUCUUCACCCAGCUCAGCAGAAAAAAGGGAUCACCCAGCAACAAUGUCAUCAGAUGGACUUUCAUCCAAGGCUUUGAAGGUAAAAAGAGAGACUGGGGAGAACACUCCAAUGCUCUCAGAUGAUGAAUUAAUGUCCAUGUCUGUGCGGGAGCUUAACCACCACUUGCGUGGUUUAUCAAAGGAAGAAGUGGUGCGGCUGAAACAGAGGAGAAGGACCCUGAAGAACAGGGGCUACGCCGCAAGCUGUCGCGUAAAACGUGUGUCUCAAAAGGAGGAACUUGAGAAGCAGAAGAACGACCUCCAGCAGGAAGUGGAGAAGCUGGCACAUGAGAAUUCCAGCAUAAAACUGGAGCUGGACGCCCUAAGAGCAAAGUAUGAAGCUCUGCAGAACUUUGCACACACAGUAUCCUUGGGGCCCAUCACUCCAGCAAAAGUUGCUGCCACCAGCGUGAUCACCAUUGUGAAAUCCUCUGGAAACUCUUACUCUUAACAAAGGCAAAAUGUCUUUCCUUGUGCAUCCCAGUCCCAUCUCACACCUCCAACAGUUGUCAGCCACACUUCAGCCUGCAGCCUCCAAAAGAUGUGGCUAGCUAUCAAUACAAGACUUCCAUAAUUGGUCCUCAGAGUUUUAUAUUUUACACAUGCUCCAGUCUUGCCCUAUAUGCAUUUUG